GAUUGGUUGGUGUUGAUAUGGUGGAAAUUAGCCUCUUAACGAGAUGAACAAAGAAGUUUGCAAAUACUUUUAACAGUUACUAAAACGUGUAGUUCAUAAAUUCUUGUCAACUGCUGGCAUUUAUGGAUGAUGUAGUGUUGAGAUGCUGUUUAUUGGAUAACAAGAAUUGCGCAACACCAUGCAGGACUCUGCAACUGAAACUGCCGAUAUUGCAGUAGCUACUGAAACAGACUUGCUAGGACCAUGUGAACCAGGAACCAGUGUGACUCUAGAGGGAAUAGUAUGGCGAGAGUCAGAAAAUGGAGUCCUAGUUGUCAAUGUGACGUGGCGGGACAAGACAUAUGUGGGAACACUUCUGGAUGCCACACGGCAUGACUGGGCACCACCCAGGUUCAACUGCGAGUCACCGUCCAUCGAGCUGGAUAUGCGAACACCGAAGGGGCGCGGGAAAAGACGAGCAGCAGCCUGCACCCCGGUACAAGAUGCGCGCACGCUGAGAAAGGGCCGCAGAGGGAGCAGUGUCUCCUCAACAUUCACUGCCCCACCUAGCCCUGCGAAGUCAGAAUCAUCUGUUGGGAUUGGUAUGAAAAGAAAGGGACGCCAUCAGGAUGGGGAUUUACCAUUGGUCGAUUAUAGGUGUUCAAAACGUAGCCGAUCAGGUUCACAGGUUUCCGUAGCAAACUCUGAGGUCACGCUAAGUGAUAGUAGUGGACGAGUGGAAUGCCCGGAAGCAAACUGUAACAAAAAGUUUAAGAAUGUAACUGCUUUGAAUUACCACAAGUCUCACAAUCAUUCCGCUUUAUUUAAUGACGGACAAGACGAUAUGGAGGAAUGUAAUGAAGUUCCAAUGAACGAUUGUAAGAAAGAAAUACUGGAGAAAGAUAAUGAACGUGCUAGUGAAAGUUUGAAUAAUGACGAUGAUAAAGGUGCUGUGAAUGAAAAUGAUGCAAUGGAUGUGAUAGAAAAGAAAAAUGGUGACUAUGCAAUUAUAAGUGAACAAUCAGUUGAUAACACUCGUUCAUCAAAAGAAAAUUGUGAAAGCAGUGGUUUGAAAUCGACUAUUGAGCCGUUGUGUUCAAGUCAAGUUUCAGGAAGAAAUGUUACAAGUGCAUUAUCAAUAACAACGUCAUGUUCAUUCCCAUCAUUAGAGUCCCAUUCAUUAUCACGUGAAGUAAGCAGUGCAGUACCUCAGGGAGAAAUAUUUGUAUCAAAGUUGAAACAAGACUCAACCAUAACUGUGACUGAAGAUUUGGGAAAAUUAAAUAAACCGGAUCGUGCAAAAGCUAGUGCUCUGCCGCAGGCAGAAUCGUCAGCUGUUCAGAUGACACAUUCCAAUACAUCUAUUUUGUCUCUGCCUCAAAUGCCCUCAUCUGACAAGACCGUUCCGAAGGGGUCAAAGGGGUUGGGAAAUGAAGACCAUAUCAAUUCUAGCCGGGCUGACCCAAACAAGGAUGCAAAACGUGGGCAGAAAAGCAAGCCAAGCAAUAGUGUACAGCGUACCCUCGCUCAAGUCAAUCCAAUCGAGAAUAAACCUGAACGAACAGGUGUUAUCAGAACAAACCCUUUACAGAUUUCUAGCACACAAAGUGACAAUAGUUCAAAAGAGAUCAGUAAAGUUAUUACUUCGUCUAAACCAAGUCCAAAGAAUGGAGAUCUCUUUCAGUAUUCGGACAAUGCUCAAAAUUGCUCACCUCAGUCCAGAUCGGAUGACACCAGUGUAUCGGACGAUGUUCAGAGUCCCGCUUACUCAGAUAUUUCCGAUGCUAACGAUGCAGCUUCCCCUGCGAUGCCUUCCGAAGCUUGCCAAAUUAAACUGAAAGAAGAAACAAAUUUAUGCAAAAAGAGCGAGCAUGGUAGAUUGGACAAUCCCACUCUUUCAGAUACCCACAUGAUGCAGCAUUUUGGAAUGUUUUAUGGAAUGAAUUAUAAGCCUCCAUCGUUUAGGUCCAGUAGUUACAAAUCGGACCAAAAAUCUCCCCAGCCCACCUCAGGAAGUGCUGAUACAGUAUUAUCUCACAAUAAAAAUCAAGAAGCAAACAAGUGUAAUGAGUCUUUAGAGGGUCACGUCAAUAAAGAAACUGAAAAGGAUGAUAAAUCUGUGAAGGAAAAGGGUGAAUACCUGCAAAAAGAUGUGCAGUUUCCGUCACAUUCGGGUGCACUUUCUUCUAACAUUGCCCCUGAACAUAGGCAGGACUAUCCAGUUAUGUAUCAGCACAGUUUGUAUAAUAUGCCGUCUUUACCCCAGUACCCGUAUGGUCCAAAUGGUUACUUCCAAUCUGGAAUGGAUCAAAAUUUCCUGGGUCCAUUGAGUGGCGAACAGAAGUCGUCACAUGAAGAACAUGCAAAAAAGGAUGGAGGUAAUACUCCAGGAAAUAAGAAAGUGUCCGCUACAAAUUCGGGAAACAAAUCUAUGCAAGACAAUUCACGUGUAGUGGAAGGUAGUGUCACUCCAAGUGAGGGAGCAAUUCCUCACAGCGUAACUCCUGCUAAAGAUGGGAAAAUGAUAGAUCAGAAGUUAAGGGAGAACCAAAGUGAAAAUCGUCAGAUUUUGCAGGAGAAUAUUGAUAUAAAGAACGAAAUGGAGAAGAAACAGGCAGAGGAUGUACGUAGAUUCAAAAUGUAUCAGGAGCAAAAAAUGAUUGAAGAAAGGAAAAAAGACUUGGCUCGAAAAUCCGAGGGUUAUAAACAUGAAAGUGUGUCUUCAAAAGUUCCAGGAACAAAACCGAUAAAUAGUUCAAGUGCAAGGCAUGUAAGUACUUUUAUAAAAUCUGAAAAAGUUUGUGACGAUAACACUACAAACAGGGGACAUUCUUCAACUGAAAAUAAGGAAUCAAAAGAUUCCAGCACUAGGCCUCCCGAAGAAAAAUUAAACACAUCAUCAGAGAAGCAUUUUUCAGAAACUCGUGAGAGUCGUGGUUCGGAUAAGAAGCAUUCUGGAUGUGAAAGUUCAUUACCAACCAGUCCUUGCUCUACGCCUGGCUCUUCCUCAUUUCCUGAUGCCCCAGGGUACGGUUCAUACGGUAACUACAUGUCGUAUCUGCAGAACCCACACCCUUACAUGGGAAUGGGUCCAUCUAACCCGAUGUACAGGAACAACACUAUUAACCCUGUUUUGUUGGGAGGUAAUUACGUAAGCAACCAGUACAUGCUCUCACAAAUGGGCUAUGGACGAAAUGUAGAUCAUAAUAGUGAAAAAGAGACUAAAGAUGGAAGUAUGCACAAAAUUCAUGAACUGUCUGAGAAAGUGGGUCCCAGAUCUCGAAAUUCUUCUCCGGUACCUCAGAAAUCGAGCAAAUUUGAUGCCAACUCUAGCGCGUAUGAUAAACAGAGGGAUUUCAGCAAGUCCCCACCCCCACAGAGACAUGUUCACACGCAUCAUCACACACAUGUGCUGCAGCCGGGACCUGGCCUGCCCCCAGGCACAGCGAUGCAGGGUCCACCUGGAUAUCCGCCGGUUUAUGACCCAUAUAGUGUUUCAGCCUUGUUUGUAAGCCAGUCACAGUCACCCCGUCAAUACCCACCUAAGUAAAUGGGAUUUGAGGAGUCAGAAUGUGGAUUGCAGUUCUGUUCUUCAUGAUCCAGCUGUGGGUUAUGCACCGCUAGAUCAGGCUACAGUUGUACAAGAGACAACGACUAAGAAAUUCAAUGUAGUAAACCUGAUCUUCCGAAGUGAAAGUACAUUCACUGGAAACGGAACUAUUAAAGUAUUCUUCCCCAUGGACAUUUGAUGGGAUUCAGGGCUUUCUAUGAAAUAUAUAUUUUGAAAGUUUUUGUUGAAAGGAAGACAUUUUGUUUUAACAUGUUUUUAGCUCACCAGAGCAAUUUGUUCUCUAUGAUGAGCCAUUCUGAUCAGUCACUGUCAGGUGUCCUCGCCAACAAUUUACUGAAACAAAUUCCUCUCUAAAACUGCAAAGUGGAUACAAAGUUCUGCAGUUCUAACUAAAAGGCUAAAGCCUUUAAACUCAGGUGAGCUACACAGGGCCACUUUGGCUUAAUUGUUUUAAGUCAUGUACUUUUGAUAUAAAUGGAAUUAUAGUUUCAAUUUGAAUUGUAGUAUUAUAUUUAAAAUAGAAAACAAAAUCAUAAUCCUGACUCGUUACUGUAAUAAUUGCAA